GCACAGCGCAGGACUCAGACACAGCGCGUGUUUGCUCCUGCGCUCGGGGAGAGACAUGAUUUCCUUUUCUCAAAAGGAGAGGACAGAAUGAGGUUAACAGUUCUGGCUCGUAUGUGAGCUCUGUUGUGUCGCCAAAGUUGAUGUCGCCUGUAGUUCCCUUUCUCUCACACUGGAGGAUGUGCGCUGGCUGGAGGUGGUGACUGCAGAACCCUUUAAACGCUGCUGACAUGGAGAUGUUCAUACUAGUGUACAUUUGUUUCGCUGUGAAGUUUAAUUUGGUCCUCAGCCUUUCCCCAGAGGACUAUCCCACGCUUGGAUCAAAGAAGGCACCAAGGUUAUUACCCAAAAAUAUUCUGAAGACUGUCUUUGAUUAUCAAGAAGCACAGAACUACACCGUGUUCCUGUACAAACAAGAUCAUGGAGAAGUGUACGCUGGAGGAACCAAUUUUGUUUUAAGAUUAAACACAACCAGCUUUCAGAUCAUAGAGAAACAUGACUUGAACACUACUGGAUCUCUGGAAUGCGAAGAGGAUCCUUGUCAAAAUGUCAUCACGGUCAUCGAGGAGCUGAAUGACGGUGUGUUUGUGUGUGGAACAAAUGGACACAGACCACAAUGCUGGACACUGCCUUCUUCCCCCAACUCUUCACCACAGAGCUCUGAUGGCUCAGAAAUUUCUCCAGUCUUAUACUCCCAGAAUUUCCUUUCUCUCGCCGUAGAGGGGGACCUUUAUGCUGCCGCUCCGUUCGACAGAAAUGGGAGGUCUCUGCAGUUCAGAAGGACCGCUGGCAGAAGAACUCGCGUUUCAAUGUACAACAACUGGGUCUCAGAGCCCACAUUUAUUGGGUCCUCAUGGGUGAAACGGGAGAAUGAUCCUGACAAUGAGAAAAUUUAUGUGUUUUUUCGUGAGAAGAAUUCUGACACCAACCCUGAGGCUGACCACUGGAUCUCGAGGGUGGCGCGGGUGUGUAAGGUGGAUGAAGGAGGAUCUAAGCGGUUCUUUCAAAACAUGUGGACCACGUUCAUCAAAGCUAGACUCGUGUGUGGUUUUCCAGAGGAGUCACUUUACUUAAAUCGCCUCCAAGACAUUUAUGUGCUUCAUGAUCGCAACUGGAACAACACAAGAGUCUAUGCCAUUUUUACAAGCAACUGGAACUCUACAGCUGUUUGCAUCUACACGAUUGGGAUGAUUGAAGACGUUUUUGAGAAGUCCACAUUUAAAGGCUACAAUAAAACAAUUCCCACCCCUCGACCAGGGCAUUGUAUAAAAAACAGCAGGACUAUUCCUCUGGCCACUGUUAGCGUUGUGAAGGAUCACCCUGAGAUGGCAGGCUGGGUCCACUCUGUUCACUAUAACACCCCAUUCUAUGUGAGCAGCUACAACUACACCAAGAUCACUGUGGAUCAAGUUCGAGGAGCAGACAACAGUGUGUACAACGUGCUCCUUUUAGCCACAGAUUCUGGAAAAAUCCACAAGGUCUUGGAGGCAGGGCCAAAGCCAGUCAUCAUCCUGGAAACUCAGCCCCUAAGUCGCUCCACCAUCCUGUCAAUCAAACUGGACUCUAAGAAGAGGAAACUGGUUGUUGGGUUUCCAGACUCCAUUAAGACCAUGGACCUGCAGAGGUGUGAGUACGGCUCGUCGUGUCAGGACUGUGUUUUGGCUCAGGACCCUUACUGCUCCUGGUCCACGGAUAUGUUCCAGUGCACCGCCUCUGCUCUAGGCAACAUUCAGAAUGUAAUGACUGGAAACCCCAACAUCUGUCCAUCACGAGACUCAAAGUUGCGCCACAGGCGGGAGGCACAGACUUCUCCCUUCGCUCACAACGUGUCUUUGGGUGUGCCCUUUUACCUAUCUUGUCCUGUAGACUCUUACCACGCAGAGUACAGAUGGAAAAAUGGGCACCACCACAGCCCAUGCCUGCAGAUGAGGUCCCAGUGUCUUCACCUCAUCCCCAACAUGACCCAGGAUGACUAUGGCACCUACGAGUGCGAAUCCCAAGAGCAGGGCUACUCUAAAGUGGUGACAGCCUAUCUGCUUAAAGCCCAGGACAUCCCAGAGCCCAGGAUGGAAGAACACAGCCUAAAUAAUGCGUCACAGCCAGUGGCACGGCCCUGGCUCACACUGGGACUGCUCUCAGCAGCUCUGCAGCUCUGGCAUCUUUAGAUUGAGGUUAUAUAUAUUUUUAGAAGGUUUUUUUUCCUUUUUCCAGCUGACGUCAACAACAUUCUCUGGGGGUGUGAUGCUAACUGGAGGCACUGCUCCUUCCGAAGAUCUGUUACUCAAAUUACUUUAAUAAGAGCUUUAUUUUACCACAAUGUGACCAUAAAGGGCUGACUUAUCUGAACAACAACAGGUGAGCUGAUUUGUGCUGUUAAACAAGUCCCUCCCAAAUAACAUUACAGCCACAAGCUAGCUAGCAUUAGCAUUAGCAUUAGCCAACAGUUUUUUCAGUUAGUCACUAUUACCUUUUUGUGUAAACUCAAACUUCUAAACAGGACCAUGAACGCUCGGCUUGAUCACAGACUCCUGAACACAUGCACUUUAAAUCACUUUUUUUCUUGAGUUUUAAGAUGAUAUUAAAACAUUUUUGGUAGUCUUUACUAAUGUUUGAACUUUGUCACCAUGGUAAUUGCUCAACAUUCUGCUAUAGACAUACAUACAGAACAGUGGUAAUUUUCAUUCGACAGUUGAAUGUUUUGUCUCAGUCAAUUGUUCAGAACACCUCUAUUUUAGAAUAUUGGUUUGUCAAAUGUUCUUUGUUAAUGUUGUGUCUGUUCUGACCUGAGACGGCACAGAUGAAUCAGUCUGUGGGACUAGCUUAAUGUUUAGCCUUGGUGCCUUUCUGAUUUUAAGAUGCACUGUGUAACUUCUCUAGAGGAAAGUCCCCAACUGUAUGAGAUGUUAUUGCUUUUCCUGGAAUAUUUGGAAAUUGAAUCACGUUAAACUUAUCUGCAUGUACAAGCAUAUAGGUUACACGUCAGUUCUGUGGAGAGGCGAGGAGCAGGUAGCAAAUAUAUAUGCAUCUUUAAGAAAACUGAAUCAAAGAAAAACUCUGAGAAGUUUGAGUUUUAGGUGAUAGUGUGAAUAAAAAGCAUUUCUGUCUUAAAUCGUUGCUGAGAAGGUUGUGACCCAUCUGUCCUCCAGGUGUUUGGACAUACACAGAUACACAGGCUCCACUUCACCCCCUGGACGGAGUAACUGGAAAAAGCGUCAUUGGGCCUCCCUCCAUUUUAAAACACGUUUGAAUUAAUUACUGUGCCUCAGCAUUCCACAGCUAUCGGCAUUUGGCAAAAAAAAAACCCCACAAAAAUAGUGCAAAUGUUACUUUAAAAUACUUACAAAAACUGAAAAAAGUUUA